AUGGUAUCGUUAUGUUGGUCUCCAGAUGGGCAAAUCCUGCUUUCGGCAUUUUCCAGUGGACAUUGCUUUUAUUUGGAUACUCAAAAUGGAAACGUCUUAUUUUCUCGAUUGAUUGAAUAUGCACCUAAAGAAAUUAAAUGGAUUAAGUAUCGGCCUAGUUGUCAUACCCUGGAAAUUGAUAACGAUCCUACGAUUUCAGCUGCUGAUUUUAAUUUUUGUGAUGAUGCAUCUAAAGAGCACGCAGUGGUUUGUGAGGAGGUAGAGCAAUUUUGCAAAAAGUCCUUUAAUCAAUCACUUGUUGGAACCUUUCUUUGUAUUCUUCAUGAAAUGAACAAAGCAGAAAUUGAUGGAACACAUUCUUUGGUAUUGGAUAUUCUAGCAAACGGCGUUUUACUUGUUCUCAAAAUAAAUUUAACUCAUGCUCCAGUCAACACUUCUGUUUUUUCUAUACGAACAUUGUUGGUUAGAAAGAACUGUAUCCGAAUUCCGUUGAAAAUUGAUGAUGUUAAUCCAUCACUUUCAAACAAAGAAUUUCUUGAGAUUGCUGGGCCGAUUAGUCCAGAAAGAAUGUGCAUUUACAACCAGAUAUCCAAAUCACUAUGUUGUAUCUCAUUUUAUUGUAUUUAUUUGCAAGAGAUGCUUAAAUAUUGUACGAGCAAUUGGCAACAAUCAAGUGAGGCGUUCCACCAACGCGUGUUUGCCUUCGUAAACAACAAUAACCCAGCAGGAAUUCUCACAGAAUCUAGACCAAAACAAAAGGACGGAAGCGAGGGUGCUUUACUUAUGUGUAAUGAUUUGUUAAUGUUAAUUGAGACAGAACAAUCAUCAGAUUUAUUGAACAAUUUUUUUAAUUCACCAACUUCGUAUAAAGAGAUGAAACAGGCAUGCAGCUUCUUAGAUGAUUAUUCGUGGGUUUUAUGUAUUUUAUAUUUAUUAUAUGAAUCUAGGGAUUGA